AUGCACAAUAAUGAUACAAUAUCACAUUCUCGCUAUUUAGUUUUCUAUUCUCUUGAACAAAGUACAGUGAUAUAAUUGAUAAUAAGGAUCUUGUGAAUAUUUUUAGCAAAAGUGUUUCUUCAUAAUUAUAUUUUUAUUUGAUUGGAUACUCAAAAUGGAAAACAAGGAACAGCAGAAUGUUUUGGUAACAUCGAUAAUUAAACUUGUUUAGUGUGAAACCAAAUAAUAGAUGUGCGAGUAAUAUGCAGCCAUCCAAAAUUGGUUUGAUCAAUUGCCUAUUGAAAUAACAAGUAAGUGAUUCAAAAUAAGCAUGAAAGACCUGAAAAAGCAAUACAUUUUGGAUAAGGCAACAGUGAAUGCAAGAUUUGUGAUGUUGUGUUUAGGAGCUUUGAGCAGUGCUGCUCUCACUGCCAGAAGUAUUUGUUAUUACAAACAGAUUAAUAGUCUCUCCUUCUCUCAUCAAGGUUACUCGCAAUACGGUGGUUACUUAUGUUGGAGCAGGUCUGUUUGUUGUCCCUGAAGUGUUCAACCCGUACUUGUUUUUUAGAUAAUGAUUUAUUGUAGCACAC